ACCAUGACUCUUGGUCCUAGGUAAAAUUGUUAUUGGAAUAUGGAGUUUAUAAAAAUAAAAAAUCUCUUACUCUGACUGGUCUAGACCCAAAACUUCUUACUUAUUCCAAAAAAAGGUUUUUGCUUCCAAAUACAAAACAACUAGUAACAAUUUUAUAAGCCGAUGGUCUAAUGCAACUUUGAAUAUACAUAUUGAACCGAAAAUGCUUAUAAUAUACGACGAAGUGGAUGCAUCAUUAUGCAUGUGUAGAUGUGUAGAGAGUAAGCAAGAAAAUAAAAAAGAACAAAGAAGGAAGAUGAAGAAAGAGUAAAUGCAAAGCUGGAAAUGGGCAACUCUUGUUCCCUUUCUUUGGGGCAUAUAUCUCCUUAAAUAGUCUCUAUAGAUCCGUUGUCUCUGGCACCCAUUUCUGGUGUUUCUUUUUUAAUUGUCAUGUGUUUUUACCAUUUGGAUGAUUGGAUCCAAGUAAGAUCUUCACAUUAGAAACCAUGACCAAGAAAAUUAAGCUUGAGUCAGCUUUUUUUUUUGUACAUUGCUUAACGUGUGUGUUUCGGAUCUAAAUUUGAUUGGUCCUAGAGGUUAUAGGCGGGUGGUUACAAACUAUCACCAAAACUUAUCAUCGACAAGACCGAUGUAAGGACUUGACCCAAUUGAUAUUCUCACUCAUUUUUAGUAAACAAAUCAGAUGUUUACGAUGUUAACUGGAUUAUCUAAGAAUAAAGGUAACGAAAGAUACAAAUAAAGAGUAUAUAAUAAUCUCAUGCUCUGUUAAUGACAGAGCCAACCACAUUGGAAGGACCGAUAUCAAUUUUAAAAAUUUGUAGAUGCAAUGUAUGUAACCAACAAAAUCAUUAAUUAUUGUCGACAACAAAAUCAUCCCCAAACGAUACUCCUCACGUUUGGCGUAUUUAAAAUUUGCAAUAAAUUAACAAAAUUUUCCUUGGUUUGCGUUUUGUCCCUUCAUGUGGGGGAAUAAAUCUCUCUACCACAUCUUUAUUUUUUUCUUUUUCUUUUUCUUUUGUCAUCUUUGAGUACUGUAGUGUCCCGAUCGCUGUUGCAUGUGUCUUUCCACGUUUUUUUUUUGCUUUACUCUUGAGUCUUGACAUGUAGAUUACUCUUGUCCACGGCUAGUUUGCUGUUUAUUCUUUUUUUUUUUUUCUAUAUCAAUUUGAAAAGUUUGAAUCUAGUGUCCAUUAUCUUCUUCGUAUAUAGCGGAAACAUCAAAUAAAAUUAGUUUUUAUUUUAUUUUAUUUUUUCUUGUUGUCGAUAUGCGAACUCAUGAUAUUGAAUAUAUAGAAAUAAACAUAGCACAAUAAAAGUCAUUGCAUGAAGGAAAGUUUGUUUUUCUUUGCUUAACGGCUAACAAAAUCUUACUAAAGACUUUUGCUUAAACUAAAAUUCUGCAGCACCACAAUGAAACUUAUUCUUUUGGUUUACAUGAUAAAAACUUGUCUUGCUUCUCUAACACAAACAAAAGAAUGAAUAUCCAUACUUUGAAUUUAAACAAUAAACAAAUAUCACACACACAUAUAUAUAUAGAAAGGUGAAAACAAUUACAGAAGAUAUAAUAAAUUAGUGCAUCUUUUUAGACAUCAGUUACUCAAAAGUUCAUUACUUACAAACUCUAACUCAGUUUUGCUUCUUUCUCUCUCUAUGCUUCUAAACUUACUAUUAACGUUCACACUUCUGAUGGGUCGGGUUAAAUCCGACCCGGACCCACUCCAAGACUACUGUGUUUCUCCUUGUCAUUCAUCACACCAACAAAUCUUCCUCAACGGCGUACUUUGCAAAGAUCCGACAGAAGCCACCGUCUCCGACUUUACAACCUCCGCAUUGUCCAGACCCGGAAACACUCAGACCAAACCGUUAAUGACCAACGUCACUGUCACCACAACCGCUAACCUCCCAGGUCUCAACACAAUGGGCCUCACAAUGGCCAGGCUUGACUUCGGAGGCUCUGGUGUUGUCCCACCGCACGUGCACCCACGCGCCUCGGAAGUAACCGUCUGCCUAGACGGUGUCCUUCUCGUCGGGUUCGUGGAUACGUCCGGUCGGGUCUUUACCCAGGAGCUUCAUCCGGGUGAGACAUUCGUGUUUCCCAAAGGGUUGAUUCAUUUUCUAUAUAAUAUUGAUACGGUGAGCUCAGCUUUGGCAGUCUCUGGGCUGAAUAGUCAGAAUCCUGGGACUCAGAUUGUGUCUUUGUCGUCUUUCAUUCCAAAGCCUCCGUUUCUGCAAGAGGUUUUGAAGAGCGCUUUUGAUAUCAACGGCCAGGAUGUUGCUAGGAUCCGCAAAAGUCUUCAACGCUAAAAUGCUAAAACCAGUAAAACUAUAUGUAACUAUAUGAUCAACCUAUAACUAUAUAAAUGUGUAAGACUAACUUAAAACUAUACAAUUUCACUAAAAAUGGAUAUAAUUAAACUCCCGAAUUGAGUUUUUCUGCAUGCAAUUCUUUAGCUAUAUUCUAUUGUUAACUAUGAACGUUUUUGGAAUGUGAAAUAUUUAUAUUAUAUA